AUGCCGACGCCAUUACGGUGUGGUGGUCGCCAUUUUGACAUUUAUGAAAACUCUCGUGUGAAUUUUGUGCGUCUGGAAGAAUUUAUAUUUUUGUGGAUAUUAUUAGAAACGUCCUAAAAUAACUUCAAGCGAUGUCUGAUAGAAAACGUUUACUCAACGACCUUAGGGUUAUAGACUUGCGCGCUGAGUUAGAAAAGCGUAACCUAGAUAAAAGCGGUGUACGCGGCGUGCUCAUCCAACGCCUAACAAAGCAUUUAGAGGAGGAGGGCCACGAUCCAGCAACGUUCAAGUUUGAGUUGACUACUCCUGAAGGUAAAACCCCUGUAAAAAAAACACGUCGUUCAGAAGGUGCCGCAGAACAGGAGGCUGAAGAGACGACUCCUACAAUGGAAGACAUGAUCGUCCAAGACGACGCAGGUGAUGAGGAAGAAACUGAGCAAACUGAAGAGGAGACCAAAGCUAACGACCACACGGAAGCCACAGAAGAAGCCGCGGAGGAGAAAAUGGAAGUAGAUGAGAAAACAAGCAGGAAACGUGAAAGCAAAGAAGAGCCUGAAGCUAGUCAAGCUAAAAAACCAUGCAUUGAACCAGAAAUCAAGAGUGAGGAUGAUCCUAAAAUUGAAAAUAAUACAGAUGCUGAGGACAGCAUUAAUUUAGAUCUUGGAGAAGAUGAAUUGCUCAAUGAAGAGACUGAUAAUGCUGAAAAAGCCGACAAUAAUGAUGAUGCCGCUCUCGAAGAACCAGCCGAGGCCUCGGGCGACGCAUCGGCGCCGGCCGACUCCGCGGCACCUUCGGACUCCACCCCUGCCGACGAUCAACAAGUAAACAGCGAAGCCCCUGCCAUUAGCAAUGAUGGUGAAAAAACGGAAAAGGAUGAAAAAGACGAAAAAGAUAAGGAUGGCGAAAGUGAUAAAAAGGAAAAGAAAGAUGACAGUAAGGAAGGUGGCGCUCGCAACCUAUGGGUCAGCGGGCUGUCGGGCGACACUCGCGCUAAGGACUUGAAGCAGCUGUGUAGCAAGCAUGGAAAGGUGAUCGGUGCUAAAGUUGUGACUAAUGCACGGACACCAGGAUCUCGUUGCUAUGGCUAUGUUACCAUGGCAAGUCCGCAAGAUGCAGAAAACUGUAUCAAAAACUUGCAUAGGACUGAACUUCAUGGUCGAAUGAUAUCUGUGGAAAAAGCCAAGUCUGAGUCGGAAUCGUCGUCCCGGCGCCAGCCCUCGCGCACGGAACGUCCCAGCAACGAACGCAAAGAGGAGGGCAAGGAGAAUGAAGAGGGUAAAGAAGGUGAAGAAAACGCCGAGUCCAAGCCAAAGAAAGAAGGCGAGGAAUCCGGAGAGGAAGGCACGCGGGCCACCUCGAGGACGCGGGAAAAGUCACAUCGCUCGGAUAAAGACAGGGCAAAACGCAGCACAAGAAGCCGCGAGCGUAAACGGUCCCCAAGAGAAGUGCUGUCGUUUUCUAAAAUAUGGAAAGAGCGCGACGUGGCGCGCGCUCGCGAGCGGUCGCGGGCGGCGCGCGAGGAGGAGCGCCGGCGCCUUCUAGGGAGCAAAGAGCGCGACGUGGCGCGCGCUCGCGAGCGGUCGCGGGCGGCGCGCGAGGAGGAGCGCCGGCGCCGCGCGGCCGAGGACGCGCUGCGCGAGCGCGAGCGCCGCCAGCGCGUCGAGAAGCACCGCCUCGCGCUCGAGCGGGAGAAGCUGCGCGCCGAGAGUCGCGCGAGCGGUCGCGGGCGGCGCGCGGCCGAGGACGCGCUGCGCGAGCGCGAGCGCCGCCAGCGCGUCGAGAAGCACCGCCUCGCGCUCGAGCGGGAGAAGCUGCGCGCCGAGAGCGAGGAGGAGCGCCGGCGCCGCGCGGCCGAGGACGCGCUGCGCGAGCGCGAGCGCCGCCAGCGCGUCGAGAAGCACCGCCUCGCGCUCGAGCGGGAGAAGCUGCGCGCCGAGAGUCGCGCGAGCGGUCGCGGGCGGCGCGCGGCCGAGGACGCGCUGCGCGAGCGCGAGCGCCGCCAGCGCGUCGAGAAGCACCGCCUCGCGCUCGAGCGGGAGAAGCUGCGCGCCGAGAGCGAGGAGGAGCGCCGGCGCCGCGCGGCCGAGGACGCGCUGCGCGAGCGCGAGCGCCGCCAGCGCGUCGAGAAGCACCGCCUCGCGCUCGAGCGGGAGAAGCUGCGCGCCGAGAGGGAAAAAAUUGAGAGAGAAAAGAAUGAACUUCUCCGUCUAGAACGUGAGAGACAUAGACUUGAAAGGGAAAAGCUGGAGCUGGAGAGACUGGAACUCAAGAGGGCACAAUUGAGAUUGGAGGAGGAGCGUCGCAAGCGCGGCUACGAGAGCAGCGCGGCGUACCGCAAGGCGGCCAGCCCGCCCGAGCCCGCCUACGAGCGCGACCAGCGCCACAAGCGCGUGCAGCCGCCGCCCAUGUCGUCAAGCCGGGGCCAGUUCGAGGCGCCGCCGCCGCCGCGCUUCGAGUUGGGUGCGGGCUACGAACGCGGCGACAAGCGCGACCGCGAGCGCGACUACAAGCGAGAUUACCAGCGCCAUGUGUCCUCUGGAAACAUGAAGUAUCCUAGUAAUGGCAGUUCAAAUGAUGACUCACGGCAACCGAUGCCUCCUGGAACGAGACCAAAGGAACCUGGGCGUUCAUACGACUCGCGCGACACUCGCUCGUACCGGCCGUCGCCGCCCGGCAAGCCCGACCCGCGGUGGAACUCCUCCAGCCGGUAUCCUGACUCCGCAGCCGCUUCAAAGGGUAGCAGCAGCGGCGCCGGCGGCGAGGGCUGGGCGUCGGAGGCGCGCUACGGCGGCGCGUACGAGGCGCGCUACCCGCCGCAGUACCAGCCGCCGCCGCCCGGCGCCUCCUACCCCGACCGCUAUGCGCCGCCCGCGCGCGACUACCAGCGCAAAUACUAGGUAUUCUCACGGACUCGGCGAGGUGCAGACACAGUGUAAUCAAUUGAGUUUUUGAAAUUCAAGUAAAAGUAAUUGUGCACAUGGGAUAACAAUGCCUUUGUCAAUCAUUCCGUGUAAUUGUUUGCACUUAUGUAUUUGACUUCUAAAAUUAUGUGAUGCAUUAAAAGAUAAAUAGUAAAAAAAAACAAUGAUCUUGCAAUGCCACUAAAUACUGUUAAGUUGAAUUAUUAUGUAAUAUAAUUAUUUAGGUAAUAUUAUCUAUAGAUUAACUGUAUGGUAAAUAAAAAAACAAUUGAAAUAAACAUGUUUUUACUUUGAAUAAGUACUAUAACUAAAAAUACUCACAAGCCUUACUACUCACUUUAUUCCUAACAUAAUUAUUAUUGUUCUUGGCUUGGCCAACAAAUGAAUAAAAUAGGUUAGUAAGUUCAUUCCCAAGUACCUAUUUUUAAAACAAGGUACCUUAUCUCCUACAUUAUUUUGAAAUAGCGAUAAUUGUUUUGAUAGCCAAUUUAAAUUACCAAUGAUUAAUGUAGUGUACUGCAAACUUUAGGACCUAAGCUCGUGUGCAUUAUUUGUUCUCGGUAAAUGUCAUGUAUGAUUUUAUUCAAUUCCUAUACAACUGCAAUUUUUUCUCAUUCAAAUGUUAAGUUGUUUUAGUUCAUGGCGAAUUUAAGUCAAAAAGACUACUUACUCAUUACAUUUCAGACAUACACAGAACAAAAAGCGUUAAGUACACAGCUCCAUU